AUGCCUUCGCAUCUAUUUCAGCCUACAGAUAUUGUUCUGGCUAAGGUUAAGGGUUAUCCAUCAUGGCCAGCAAUGAUUAUACCUAAUGAAAUCAUUCCUGCGAAUGUUAUUAGGUUACAUCGUAGAAAUCAGAAAUUUGAUGAAGAAGAGGUUAUGGAAGACGAAGAAUCGGAUGCAGAUGAUACGAAAUAUAUUCGGUACUCAGAGCAUUUGAAGUUUCGAAAGUUUGAGACGGCUCAGUCCUCGUAUUGCUUGAAGUUUUUAUGUGACGAUACAUAUACGUGGACAAAAGCGCAGGAUAUGAAACUACUAAGUCCAGAUCAAUGUAAAAGCUGGCUGGAAGGUACGACUCGAUCGAAAAAGAAGCAACCAAGCAAGAACAAGAAGCUGAUACAGGCUUACGAAAUGGCAAUGCGUGGCUCAGACAUUGAUGUUUGGGAAUUUGUGGAGUAUGGCAGUGCUGGGCGACCGGAAGAGGACGAAGAAGAAGAAUAUGUGGAGGAGGAGGAUUCUCCGGUAUAUGAGGAAGAUGCCGAGGAAUUGGACGACGAGUCCUUAAGCGAUGACGAAGAUGUAGACGAAGAAAUUAGUAGUCGGAGAAGCAGUCGGCAGAAGCGAGCUGCACGGCCAGUCUCGAAGCCGACCCGAAGCAGCAAACGGCAACGCGCAGCAAGACAAAAACGAGAGCUGGAGGACAAACCGACACGAAGGACCCGAGCUUCAGCCUCAAGAGGAGAGUCUGUUUCUGUCGAUUUUGACGAAGACGAGAACGAGGACGAGUUGGAGGACUCGGAUAUCGGAGAAGAACUUCCUGCAAUUCCUACGCGAAGCAGUGCCAAGGCAAACGCCGGAUUGGCUUCGAAGCAAGCUUCUAAUAAAAAAAAGAAACCAGCUGAGCCAGAACGGUACAAGUACGAGGACGACGAGGACUGGCGGCUUGUCGGCAUGGGAACUCAAGAUCUCACAAUUCCAUCGUCAAACCCACUUGUUAACCGCCUCAGUCAGAAAAAACACCUAGAGCUCCAUAAUGAGAUGAAGCAAGAGCUACAAGAAAAACUGCUGAUGGUCAAUAAGUUAAUGCUUGAAAGCAUACUUAGCCCCAAGACCCGUAAAGACGAUCUUGAACUUGUACUCGAAGAGUUAGAUCUCGCAUUAAGCAUGAGGGGCGCCCACAACGAGCUCAUCACCGUCUUUCUUUUCAAUAAUGAAUUACUAAUGAAUUUCAGAGCCCUAUUCAAUCUUAAGCAGCCAGAACUAGGAAAACUAAAUCUGUGGAAUAGGUUCAUGGACAUUUUUCAAGAUAUCUACGGCUAUGAAUUUAUUCUAGAUACCCAGGCAUGGUCGUUCGAUGCAGUAAACGUAACUGAUGAACCCCAACAGGUGCCGGUACCUGCUAAUGAGGAACCAAACCGCAUUUGA